GGCACUGGGGCGUUCUACAGUUGCUCAGUGACACAAAUACGUUCAUGAGGAAAAACCCGGAGGUUCCCUUUUGGUUUCAUACAUCGAGGAUUUUACUGGACACACUUCUUUUGAGUUUGGAUUACUUUGGUCACUGUGAGGCUCCUGGAUAACCUGUGUGGAUAUCUACUGUAUCACAUCGCUGCUCCUGUGGGUGCAGGCACAUGUUUGGUAAUGGGUGUCAGACUGUGAGGAGACUGGGUGCACGAGAAGAGCGACAGAUUGACAAGAGCAAACAAGCAGAUGCACAUAAAACCCAAUGCAGCUUUUGUUUGUGGUGACACACGAACCAACCCAUCAAAUCCUCAUCUCUGUUAAUUACCAAUGUGAUAUUUGAGAUUUAGAUUAAAUGAACUAUAUCUAAACAGCACAAACUAUUCCAUUUACUAGCUCUAGCAGCUGCCGUGGUGUCUCCUGCCAAGCAAGCAACUAGUACAUAAAAUAAUGUAAAUAUUUGUAGCUGACAUUCCAGCUUCAAAGUUUUUUAAGAAGUCGCCUCUCAUGGCCUUUGGGAGCUGAUACUGUGGAGAGCUGCAUGACACAGCUUUAAAGAUUAGUUAGCUUCCAGAUAUAUUCACUGAGAUAUAUUCACACCAUCUGUCCAUCCGUCAAGAGGAGGCGAGAUGUCGAGGCCUCCGUCCUCCCAGACCACCCCUCAGUUCUACAGGGUCAGCGAAAGAGAUCUCUCUGAGGUGGAGCUCCACUCUGUGGACUCUAUCAACGAUCUCCACCGAACACACCCGGAACACAGCCACAAAGUGAUGAGGCCUCCUCGUCCUGCAUACUCCCCCUCCUCCAAUGGGAAUCUCUACACAAGUGACAUGACAGCUGUCAAUCAAAGAGGCCAUCCAGUCAGCGGCAAAUGGCAGAGUCGUCUACAGGACAUGUUGACACCCAGUUCAUCGCGUGCCUAUGCCAUGGGCUGUGCUAUUAUCACCCUGCUUCUGCUAACAGUGUUACUCAUCUUCUACUUUUUGGUCCAGCAGGGCGGCGCAGUCCGGAUGCUGACUGAGGCACUAAAGGAGAAAGAGGCUGCAGCCAGAGAGCUGUCACUGUUGAUCCAAGAAUUGCAGUCCCUGAGACACAACCUGACAGCCCUGAGAGGAGGGACAUAAUAUGCACAGAAACCAAACAUGAAUACACACACACACACACACACACACACAUACACUGGACAUGAGAGUAAAACUGUGUUUUACGCUGGAUUUUUCCUUUAGGGGGAAACACUUGUUAAAAUGCUCCCUAAAUGUGUCUGUGUUCAUGAUUACAUGUAACUGAUGGAACUAUAGAUGUAGUGUGGAGACGGGAGGUUUCUGGAAACAUUUCCUCUCUCACCUGCUCUGCUAACUGUAUGAAAAGCACUUUUGAAUGAACCCAAAUAAUUUUUGUUCUGUGAUGAUGCUGUCAUUGAAGCUGUAUAAGUGGUUGGAUUAAAUGAAUGGAGGUAGUAUAUGUAUAUCAUAACAUUACAUUGUAUAACACACAUUUAAUGUAUUUGAUGAUUCAGCAUUAUUGCUCAAAAAUAAUUGUUAUUUUUGUGACACAAAGUCUAUGUCAAUGAUACACUGUCUUAAACCCUUUAAUGUCUUCACUAAGAAAAUAGCAAUGAAAAAAAGAAUCCUUUUUAUUUCCAUGGGACAAUACUAACAAAAAUCAAUGUUUCAUUUAAAAAAAACAGACCCCACUGAUUUAUUUUUAAAAAAAAUAUAGGCCUCUACUAAAGAGUUUAGAUGGCCCUUCGUGGUAGUAGUAAAACAGAAAGAAAAAAUCUAGGUAUUUACCAUUAUAGUAAUUGAAAAUAUGUGAAAAAUGCUGAAAAAUUCUAUUGAUAUAUAUAUAUUUUUUCAUCAAAUAUAUAAUGGAAUAAUGGUAAAUUCCUGCUGUUACCACAAGUAAAAAUGUAUCCUUUUUAUUUGAUAAAAAUUGUAAAUGUAUUAUAUUAGCAUCUCUACCUUUACUAUGAAGGGACAAGCAUCUUAAAAAAAAACAAAAAAAAAGAACCUUGUUAAAACCCUUGUAUAAAGUUACUUAAAUCUCUUCAGUAAGUCCUCUUAAAUUAUAACUUGUUGAAGAAACACACUUACCUUUGAAAAUUCCACCACUCAGAGCUCUCACGUCUGGAGGGACUUUUUAUUUACUGACUUCUUGUAGGAGGAGAACUGAAAAGGCAUACUUUUUAAAGACACAGCGACAUCUAGUGGACUUUAUUAGCAUAACACAACUAAACCAAUGGUAAAGUUCAGGUUGAGUUAUGUUCAACAAAAUUUCCAUAAGACAUAGUGACCAAACAGUUAAGCAGGAUGUUAAAGGGUUAAAAAUCUCCCAGCUGUUUCUAGUUUGUGCCGACAUUCAGACAUUGUGUAUCCCUGAAAAAUAACACGAUGAACAACACAGUAAAAAUAUGGACUGACAAAAAGUUCAACUGACUUUGAUUUCAAAUACUAAUCACUAAAUGCAGCUUCAAAGACAAUACUGUUUUCCAAUCAUGCAUGUGUUUACUUGUGGAAUGAAUAUGAUUUAG